GCGGUGCUUGCUGGGCCGCGCUACGCGGGGGUCUACAGGGGGCGCGGCGCAAGCCGAACAGCUUCCGGCGGGGAGGCGCCGCCGCCAUUGCCGCCGCGCUCGGGAGCGCCGCCCCGCUGGCCGCUGGGGGUCCGCGGCCGCUGGCGCCAUGGGCCAGUGCGGCAUCACCUCCUCGAAGACCGUGCUGGUCUUCCUCAACCUCAUCUUUUGGGGGGCAGCUGGCAUUUUGUGCUAUGUAGGCGCUUAUGUCUUCAUCACCUAUGACGACUACGACCACUUCUUUGAGGAUGUUUACACGCUCAUCCCUGCCGUGGUGAUCAUCGCUGUCGGAGCCCUGCUUUUCAUUAUUGGGCUCAUUGGCUGCUGUGCCACAAUCCGGGAAAGCCACUGCGGACUCGCUACGUUUGUCAUCAUCCUGCUCUUAGUUUUUGUCACAGAAGUUGUCGUAGUAGUUUUGGGAUACGUUUACAGAGCAAAGGUCGAAAAUGAGGUUGACCGCAGUAUUCAGAAGGUGUAUAAGACUUACAAUGGAACCAACCCCGAUGCCGCCAGUCGUGCUAUUGACUAUGUGCAGAGGCAGCUGCACUGUUGUGGAAUUCAUAACUACUCAGACUGGGAAAACACAGAUUGGUUCAAAGAAACCAAAAACCAGAGUGUCCCUCUUAGCUGCUGCAGAGAGACUGCAAGCAACUGUAACGGCAGCCUGGCCAACCCCUCCUACCUCUAUGCUGAGGGGUGCGAGGCUUUGGUUGUGAAGAAGCUGCAGGAGAUUAUGAUGCAUGUCAUCUGGGCAGCGUUGGCCUUUGCAGCCAUCCAGCUGCUGGGCAUGCUGUGCGCCUGCAUCGUGCUGUGCAGGAGGAGUAGAGACCCUGCCUACGAGCUCCUCAUCACCGGGGGUACCUACGCCUAGCAGAGGCCCAGCCUGAGCCCUCAGUCUUGCGUGGCUUAGAGGUGGACUGAGCAGGUCCACUGUGCUGGCUCCGAGUUCUCUGGUUGAAGCGCAUGAAUGCUGGUGUUGGGCAGAGCACCUUGGCUUUUCAUACCCACCCACUUAGUUUCCCGCCCAUGGCUUUCUUUGCCUCAUUCUAGCUGACACUGUAUUUCCGUGGGUUUUAAGUUUGACAGUCAAUGUUCUUAUUUCAGAACUAUUUGCAAGUUGUAUAGUGUGGUAGGAUAGAGGCGGGUUAGGGCUGCUUCUGUGGCCUCCAAGUAGUGAUGGGACUCUGCUAUGGGACUGCUGGGUCCUUUCUGUCUUCACAAUGGAGAACUCAUGCCUAGAGGCUUUGGCGGGAGGAGAGGAAGCCAGCUGUCUGGUAAAACGAACACCAGAUGGUGCCCCUCAUCGGUGUCCUUUACAGAUAUAUACUGUAGUCCAAUAAGGUAGCAACUGUACAAAGCGGCUAAGAUAGAUUUUAGAUCACACAGCGUGUAUCUUUGUUCAUCUUCAGAAUCAGACUGGUCUUUGAAAUUAGUGGUUUUUAAUCAAAACUGGCUUUACAGGAGGAGUGUAGUGUAUGCACUACUAUUGUAAAACAAUGCGUGAGUGUGUGUGACCGAGCCCACCAUCAUAAGUCUUAAACUCGUUAAAGGUAAUGUACUCAUGUAGACAAGCAGAAUAGUAUGUAGAUGUGGAUCUCAAUUGUAAAUAGAAAAUUCUAAUUCAAUAAACUCUGUAUCAGCCCUCAA